UGCGCUGUCAUCGACGUCAACAGGCAUAAUCAUAAUCAAAUUCUGUCUGUUUCUACGAGGUUUCUACACAAAACUUUUAAAAUGGAAGCCUUAUACGCUUUACCUUUUACAGUACUUGAAAUUCCUAACAUAAAAAUCAAGAAGCCAUCAUGGUUGCAGGCUCCAUCAGCGAUGACAACGUUUUCUCUUGUGCUCUUUUCGUACUUUUUGGUUACGGGAGGUAUAAUUUACGAUGUAAUUGUGGAACCUCCGAGCGUGGGAUCAACGACAGAUGAACAUGGACACGUAAGGCCGGUGGCGUUUAUGCCGAACCGCGUCAACGGACAGUAUAUCAUGGAGGGGUUAGCGUCCAGCUUCCUGUUCUCUCUCGGCGGCGUUGGGUUCAUCAUUCUGGAUAGGACACACAACCCAUCCACCCCGAAACUGAACAGAAUCCUCCUCAUCUCCGUGGCAUUCCUCUGUAUUCUAGUCUCUUUCUUCACAACCUGGAUCUUCAUGAGAAUGAAGCUCCCAGGUUACUUACAAAACUGAUCACUAGAUUACUAUGUAAGCAAAAUGUCUCAAAUCUUCAGUUCAACUGUAUUUGAAUAAGUUGAAUAAAUAUUUUUUAUAUCUA